AUGGGAGCGUGCAUCUGUCGUCCCUGCCAUAACGAGAGCGGUAUUCGUAGGGAUUAUAGGCCUCCAUCGCACUGGAUGUCAGAUGUAAGUGAUGACCGUUCGAUGACCUGUUUGUCGAUACCGGGAACACACGAGAGCUUGUGUCUGUACGGCGGGUGCAGUUUGCAGUGCCAGACGUGGUCUUUGACGCGACAGUACGAGGCAGGUAUUCGAUUCGUCGACGUCCGCUGCCGACAUGUUAACGACCAGCUGGUGGUGUACCACAGCUACGUCUACCAACAUGCCAAUUUCGACGACGUCCUGAAGGCUACACUCGCUUUUUUGGACGCCCAUUCUCAAGAAACCAUUUUCAUGCGCGUCAGGGCGGAGUACAUCCCGGAGUACAACACCCAAUUGUUCCCAGUGGCAGUACAAAUGUACAUUGACCGCUACCCAUCAGCGAAGUUCUGGAGCGGACAAACGUUCCCCACCAUGAGCGAAAUCAGAGGCAAAGUGAUGAUACUCCGGGACUAUUAUGGACUGGCUACGUUUGGCUUACCUUAUGCUAAACUCGAUAUUGAGGAUAUGUUCGAUGUUAGUACUCUCCUGCCAAAGGAUAUCGCCAGAAAACGGGAAAGUGUAAAACGUCAUCUCGAAAAAGCAAUACGGGGACCGCCUUCCACUAUGUACCUCACAUACAGCAGUGGAACAGGAACCUUUGCUUGGCCAGUCGCAGUUGCCCGUAAGAUCAACAAAUUUCUUUGUGACUUCUUAGGCAGGCGCAUCGGAAAAGACAAACUUGGGAUCAUUGCAAUGGAUUUCCCAAGUUCUGAACUCAUCGGCAAAAUAAUAGACUCUAACUUUGAAUAA